AUGACUUCUUCCUCAACUCAUUCAGCUCAAGAUUACAUUCAUCAAUUAUCAAUCCAAAUCAGUUCUCAUCAAGACUCUUUAGCUGCUAUCAACUCAAUCAAACCAUCAUCAGGAACCUCAACUUCAUUCACAUCUUGGUCAAAUCUAAGCACGGCUUUCGGUUUACUCAAUCAAUCUUCAACUUCAACUCCUACAACUCUUAAUCUAGAUCCACAUCAUUUAUAUUAUUUACUUUUAAAAUUUGAAGAAAUCGGAAUUCAAAUCGGUUCAUUAGAUAUUCAAAACCCACAUCAAAUCAAAACUUAUGAUCCAACUCAAUGGAUGAUUGGAUUUAAUUCUAUUGAAAGAAUUCAUAAGAUUGAUAAAUCAGAUACGAUUAGUUUAUUUUCAAACUUAUCUAAUCUUUCGAUCGGUUCAACUUGGUGGUCAGGUACGACUUCAGCUAUUAAAUCGAUCAGUAAUCUAUCCAUUCAACAAGAUGGACAUCGUACAAGAACCAUUGAAGAAGAAGUCAAAUAUCUUUAUUCAAGUUUUACCAAAUUACCAUCACUUAAACUCACCCCUACAUCAGUUCCAACCAUCACUUCAAGCAACCCCAAAGCAGGACCUAAACCCAUGCAAUUACUUGAAGGCUUUACCGAUCUACCUAAUCAAAACCUUGUUCCAUUGAUCUGUUUUAAAUCACUUUGGACUCUUUCCAUUCAUGAUCUUGAUCCUCGUUUGUUUAUUGGUUGGAAUCAACUUAGUCAAAGUUUAAGAUCACUUGAGAUUCGUAGAUCUGGUUUGGAAGAUAUCGAAAGAUUGUUGAUUGAUUCGGUGAUGUUUGAUGUUGAACGUGAAGUUAAAUUAGAAUCUAAUCAACAAGACUUGGCAGAUGAGCAAAACAGUCUAGAUCUCAAGAAUGAACCUACCGUUGAGUCUGAUGAAGAACGAAGAGCCAAAGAAACCGAAGAAACUGAUCUAACCAACUCAUCAACCGAAGAAACCAACCUAACCAAUCCACCAAGCUCAAGUCAAGACCCAUCCAACCCACAAACCCCACCACCAAGUUUCCCACCCCUAGCCUGGCGAUUCUUACACCAUCUAUGUCUAGCAGACAACGCCUUAACGUUUAUUCCUUCGAAUCCGUUGGCUGCUUUGGUUUCAUUGGUCUCAUUGGAUUUAUCUUCAAACCUUUUGAUUGUCGUUCCAAACGGAUUAAGUUCUUUGAUUAGACUUAAGUCUUUGAGUUUGGCUGAUAAUAUGAUUGAUUCGGUUUUAGGAAUUUAUCAAAACCUUGGAAACGUUACUACCAUUAAUUUAUCAAAGAAUCGAUUAACUUCUUUAUGUGGAUUAGAAAGACUUUAUUCCUUAGAAAGACUAGACAUCAGGUCGAACAAGAUCCAAGACAUUUCCGAAUUAUCCAGACUAGCCACCUUACCAUCGCUCACAAACCUAUGGACAUCUUCCAAUCCAUUCACAAACCAAAGAGAAGAUUGGAGACCAAUAAUCUUUAAUUAUUUUAUAGAAGAGAAUCGAGACAUCGAUCUAAGUUCAAGUACAAGUCUUAAUUUAACAUUAGAUAACUUACCACCAACCUACCAAGAAAAAAAACUAUUAAAAAGAUCGAUCGGAAGAACUCUUACACCCGAUCCAAUCACCUCUACUACUCCAUCACCUAAACCUAUUGUCUUACGUAGUCCAGGAUCUUCAACUGUAGGUACGAUUCGAAGAUCUAAAGUUAAACCUACAAGUGAUGGGAAUGGGAUCCCAAGUAGUUCAGAAGACAAUAAUUCAUCUCUUCCUUUUUCUAAGAAAUCUACAAAAGUAAUGGUGAUUAAGAAAGAUAAGACUCGGAAAAGAACUCCUAGGAUUAUUGAAUUAGAUCAUGUUUCAGAGUUUCCAAAGAAACCAAUCUCACAAAUCAUCGAACCUAAUCAUCAUCCAAUCCCUUCUUCUUCAAAUCUUCCUUCUAGUAGUCAUCAAAGAAUCGGUAAUUUAAGUUUAGAUGGUCGGAUUGGAUCAGGUUUAGGUUCUACUUCUGGUUCUAAUCAUGAUGAAGAUCAUCCAGUUUCGUUUAGGAAAAAAAUCGAAACUCUUAGAGAUGAGGUGGGUGAUGGAUGGUUAAAAGUCUUAGGUGAAAGUGAGUUUGGUCAAACCCAAACCCAAACCCAAGAACCGAUUCAAAGUAAAAGUAAAAGAAUUGGGAAUGGGAAUGGACAUGAUUGAUUUUAGAGGGUCUUGAUCAUUAGUAUGGUAGAUGAGACUAUCUUUUUUUCGAAUUCAGUUUUCUUUAAUUUAUUUGGGUUAAUUAAGUUUUAAUUAGUUUUAUGGUUCAAUUAUGUUUGGGAUCUGGUGAGUAUAAAGUAUUUAUGUAAUGAAGAAAGAAAGCAAAAGGAGUGUUGGUUUAAUUGUUGAUGGUUUUGUUUGAUCUUAGAAAUGUUGUAUGAAUGUCUUAGUUUUGUGGUUUGGUUGAAUUGAAUUGUAUAUGAUUGAAAGUGAAAAACAGUUUGGGUUGAUGGUUUAGGUAAGCUUAGUUGAAGUUGAGAAUCAUCGAAUCACAUUUCAUUUGGAUCUUAUUUGAUUAUGUGUGUAGAAUCUAGAUGAGUCAAACAUCAAGUGGUUCAACUUCCAGUUUGGUUUUACUUUUUUUUUGGAUUUCUAAGUG